AUGGCGUUGAUAUUAAUCUUGAUGAUUGUCAUGGUUCUUGAUUUCGUCGCAUUCGCUCUUGCUCUUGUUGCUGAGCAGUGGAGAAGCACUAAAUAUGUGAUAGCUAUACUGAUAUGCAAAGUUGGCAAGCAAAAAACUAGAACUUGUAGAACGGAACAGCUGUUAAGAAUUAAUGCCAAGGUCAUGAUACAUGAAGAAUGGAACUUUGGCUUCCAAGGGGGCUAUAGCUACUGUGUUUAUGACUCAAACAUGUCGACUGUUCUGGGGAUUACUGCAAGUGCUCUUCUCUUGGCAAGUCAAGUACUCACAUUGAAGCCAAGUUGCUGGUGCUGCAAUCGAAAGACUUGGAACUCGAAAGGAUCUUCUGCUUUUGCAACUGUUCUUCUCAUAAUCUGCUGGUUGACAUUCUUCAUUGCAGAGGCAUGUUUAUUAGUGGGUUCAGUUAUAAUUGCAUAUCGCACGAAGGAGAAGAUCAUACUCUCCGCACCUGAUACUCUCCAUUGCCAGACCCUAAGAAAGGGAGUCUUUGAAGCAGGAGCAUCUUUUGUUCUGCUCACCAGUCUUGCAUCAAAGUCUUACCACGUUUGCUAUGCUGAUCCCAAUGAAGACCUGCAGACAAAUGACAAUGGCGAAAACAGUGAGAAGUUAGUUGGGGACUUACACAAUGCUUCAGUGAGGUGA